AUGGACUGGGAGUUCUGGACCAAACAGCUGGACCAGGAGGUUCUGGUGGAGGGUGUCUUAAAGGCCCACAUGAAAAUCCAUACAGGAGGGAAACCAUUCAGCUGCUCAGUCUGUGAGAAAGCUUUUGCACUGAAAGGAUCUUUAAAUCGACACAUGUACGUCCAUACAGCAGAGGAACCUUUCAGCUGCUCAGUCUGUGAGAAAUCUUUUACACGAAGUAGAAAUUUAAAGGCCCACAUGAAAAUCCAUACAGGAGAGGAACCAUUUAGCUGCUCAGUCUGUGAGAAAGCUUUUGCACUGAAAGGAUCUUUACAUCGACACAUGAGAAUACACACAGCAGAGAAACCACUCAGAUGCUCAGUCUGUAAGAAAGCUUUUGCACUGAAAGUAUAUUUACUUCGACACAUGAGAAUACACACCGGGGAUAAACCAUUCAGCUGCUCAGUCUGUAUGAAAUCUUUUACCCAAAAUGGAAGUUUGAAGUACCACAUGAGAAUCCAUACGGGAGAGAAACCGUCUAGCUUCUCAGUCUGUAAGAAAUAUUUUGUAGGGUACGGAAAUGUAAAGAAACACAUGAGAAUCCACACAGGAGAGAACUGCAGUGUUUGCGACAAAAGAUACACCUGGAGUCAUCAGGUCAAAAGCCAUAAGUGUGUUGGUCGUCAGUCCUCACAGCUUCAUCAAACUCAAACUGAGGAGAACAGAGAGGCAGAGUCUCCAGCCAGCAGCUCAGCUGCACACAUGGAAACAGAAGCUGAUGGAGAGGACUGUGGAGGACCACAACCAGCCAGGAACUCAGAUCCAGAGAGACAUUUACAAUCAGAGACUGAGGACAACCCUGAGGACCCUUCUGAACCUUAUAAUUAAGACAGUGAUUAUUAUUAGGUUUAAACUAUUUGGGUAAGUAACCUUCUCUGAGUGUGAUAAGACAUUUUUGGUCCAAGUCAAAUCUGCAUGUGCAACAUAAAACGGACAAUUAAUUAGUCCUUCGACAAUUCACAUGAGAAAAAACCUGUCUGGCUGUGUAAACAAUAUUCAUACAUGACUUCAUCAAAACUCCAUAUUUAUCAACAGAAGUUUUGAAUAUGUAUAAUGUUUUUGUCAUACUACUUUUCUGAUUUUUUACUAUAACCACUGACUGAUUAAUCUGCAGAGUAGUUUCUCUAAUAAUCUGUUUGGUUAACUAAAUGUUGUGAUGUUUUUGAUAGUUCAUGUUGAGUUAUCAGUCUGUUCUGGUCUAAAAGAAGAACCAAUGACUUAUUAAUAUAGAGAAAAUGUACAAUGUUUUCAGUUUUAUUCUGUUCUGUUUAUAUCACAAACCAAACUAAAAGAAAAAUGCCUUCGAAACAGACUCACAUUCCUGCAUAUUGUUUGAGUUUUGCAACAGAUUACAAUCAGCUCAUAGAGUGGCACAGUGACGCAUCCUAAAACCCUGACUGAACAAAACUUGACCAGUCUGUUAAAUGUGUGUCAACCACAGACCUUAUUUCGAGCUAUUUUCUAAAAUCCUAUGGAGAAAUAAAUAAAAAACA